GUGCGUAUCCUGGAGCUGCCGGCUGCCGCAGGCGGGAGGAAAGGGGCUGCCCGGGCCCGGGCGGGGCCGGGGCUAGCGAAAGUCUGCGGAGGUCUGCGAGGGAAGUCGAGUGUCCGGAAGUGGCAGUUGUAAACACCGUCUCCCUGGGGCUGGUCUCCCUCUUGUUCCCCCCUGUGCUCUUUGUUUCCCCUCCCUGGGUCUUAGAGUCCGUCGUGUUCCAACAGUUUUUGCUCUGACCCCGCGGUCUGCCUGGGCCUCUGACUGCCUUUGAGAUCCGAAGCUGCCCCAGGGGUCUUGGGUGUGCAGUCUGGAUCACGGGAGACCCCUGAGACACAUUGAGAGAGAUGAGUACAUUCUGGAUGACCAACAGAAGGACUCAAAUGUGAGGAUAUCGGACUUCUGCUGGGGAUACCAAGAGACACUUGUGAGAUCUUCAUAUUUGUGUCUAUUUGGAACUUCAGCCCGUGUAACCUGUAAGCCACAGACAUCUUGGACAGUUUUAAUCAUUAAUAACGAAGUAUAUCAUUAAGCAACAGUGGGGUAUUUUAAAAGAGUUGGAAGACUCAUCAUGAGUUUGGACACUUCAAAUAAUGCCCCUGGUGAUAUCCAAAGGUUGAAGAAUGCCUCAUCUGAUAUAAAACAAGUGGUUAAAAAUGAAACAGACUUGGAUAUUACUGCUGAUCUCAGAAAGAAACUCCAUCGGGCUAAGAAAGAAAAAUUAGAAAUAACAACCAAGCACAAUGCAGAGCUGGCAAGCUACGAGAGCCAGAUUGCCAAGCUACGAUCCGAGGUUGAAAAAGGAGAGGCAUUGCGACAAAGUCUGGAAUAUGACCUGGCUGUUGCUAGAAAGGAAGCUGGACUCGGAAGGCGGGCUGCUGAAGAAAGAUUAACUGAGGCACAUAGGAUCCAAGAAAAACUCUGUGCUCAGAAUGCAGAACUUCAGGGAAAGGCAAGUGAGAUGGAGAAAGCAUUCCAGACUUCCCAGCAGAAAUGGAAAGAAGAAUGCAGAAGAUUUGAAUGUGAUUUGGAGGAAAGAGACAAUAUAAUUCAAAACUGCAAUCAAAAAUAUGAUUUACUUAUGAAAGAAAAAAGCAGACUAGAGAAAAGUGUACAGGAAGCGCUGGAGAAACAUCAGGAGAAGAAUGAGAUGGAGUCUCAUAUCAGGGAGACAGCAUUGGAGGAGUUUAGAUUACAAGCAGAACAAUGGGAAGCAGAAAGAAGAGAGUUACAAUUUAUAGUACAGGAGCAAGAUAAUGCUUUACAAAAUAUGCAUGAGAAAGUAGAAAAAUUAGAAGCCGAACACAUGGAGUGCUCUGACCUUUUACGUCGACAGACAAGUGAAUUCGAAUUUAGCACUCAACGAGAGGAACGUCUUAGAAAAGAGUUUGAGGCAACUACUCUAAGAGUGAGGAAAUUAGAAGAAAAUAUUGAAGCAGAGAGAGCAGCACAUUUGGAAUCGAAAUUUAAUUCUGAAAUUAUUCAGUUACGGAUUCGAGACCUUGAAGGAGCUUUGCAGGUAGAAAAGGCCAGCCAAGCAGAAGCUGUUGCUGAUUUGGAAAUGAUCAAGAAUGAAUUCAAAGAAGUUGAAAGUGCAUAUGAACGAGAAAAGCAUAAUGCACAAGAGAGCUUUGCAAAACUAAAUAUAUUAGAAAGAGAGUAUUUCUCCAAAAACAAGAAACUAAAUGAAGAAAUCGAGGAACAGAAGAAAGUAAUUAUAGACCUUUCAAAGAGACUCCAGUAUAAUGAAAAAAGUUGCAGUGAAUUACAGGAAGAACUUGUAAUGGCUAAGAAGCACCAGGCUUUUCUAGUAGAGACAUGUGAAAAUAACGUGAAAGAGUUGGAAUCAAUCUUGGACAGCUUUUCUGUGUCUGGCCAGUGGACAUCAGGCAUCCACAAGGACAAAGAUAAACCUCCCAGCUUCCCUGUUGUCCUUGAGAGUUUGAGGCGUACCUUGACAGAUUACCAGAACAAGCUGGAAGAUGCAUCUAAUGAGCUAAGCAACAUGAAUCAUGCUAAGGAAAAGGCAUCUAAUGAACUUGAGUCUACCAAACAGAAGGUAGACUCUCACGCUAAAAAUAUAAAGGACCUUCAGGAUAAAUUGGCUGAUGUCAAUAAAGAGUUAAGUCAUUUACGCACUAAAUGUGCAGACAGAGAGGCUCUAAUAAGCACUUUAAAAGUGGAACUACAAAAUGUGCUGCACUGUUGGGAGAAAGAAAAGGUGCGAGCAGCCCAAUCUGAAAGUGAGCUGCAGAAGCUUUCCCAGACUUUCCAUAAGGAUACCGAGGAGAAGCUAACCUUCCUCCAUACCUUGUAUCAGCACUUGAUAGCAGGCUCUGUGCUCAUAAAACAACCAGAAGGCAUGCUGGAUAAAUUCUCUUGGUCUGAGCUUUGUGCAGUUUUGCAGGAGAAUGUUGAUACUCUGAUCGUAGACCUCAACAGGGCUAAUGAGAAGAUAAGUCAUCUAGAGUAUAUCUGUAAAAACAAGUCUGAUACGAUGAGAGAGCUUCAGCAAACCCAGGAAGACACCUUUAACAAAGUGGCAGAGCAGAUCAAAGCCCAGGAGAGCUGCUGGCACAAGCAAAAGAAGGAACUGGAGCUGCAGUACUCCGAACUCCUCCUGGAGGUACAGAAGAGGGCACAGAAAUUUCAAGAAAUUGCUGAAAAAAAUAUGGAAAAAUUGAACCGUAUUGAGAAGUCACAUGAACAAUUGGUUGUUGAAAACACACAUUUCAAAAACUUGUUAUCACAGACUAAAAGGGAACAAACGUCCUUGCUGGCGGCCUGUGCAUUGAUGGCUGGUGCCUUAUAUCCUCUGUAUAGCCGAUCAUCUGCCUUAUCCACACAGAGAGAUUUUCUCCAGGAGCAGGUCAACACCUUUGAGUUGUUAAAAUUGGAAGUUAGAACUCUAGCCCAGGCUUUGUCAAUUGUAGAGGAAAAGAAGCAAGAGGAAGCCAAGAUGAAGAAAAAAGCAUUCAAAGGAUUGAUACGUGUAUUCCGGAAAGGUGUUAUUGCAAUUUUGGCAGCAAACAGACUCAAGAUUUUGGGCCAGUCGUGUGCCUCUCUUUUUACCUGGAUGGAGAGUUUCAAAGAAGGCAUAGGCAUGUUAGUGUGUACAGGAGAGCCCAAAGACAAGCAUAAAUUUCCAAAACAUCAAAAGGAGCAGUUACGUUGUUUGCAAGCUGUCAGUUGGCUCACCAGUUCUGACCUUCUUGCUGCAAUAAUCAGUUCUAUGGCUGAGUUACAGGAAGCUAUUAGUAAAACAGAUCCAAAUUCCAGAAUUUGUGGACAUUUGCUUAUAGGAGCAGCUAAGAGUUCUUUUGCAAAACUCAUGGAUAAAAUUAAUCUGGCAAUGGACAGUAUACCUUUGCACAGCAACAGGAGUAUUACAUAUGUGGAAAAAGAUUCCCUGGUUCAGAGGCUGGCCCGUGGACUUCAUAAAGUAAACACACUGGCCCUGAAAUACGGUCUACGUGGCCAUGUGCCCAUUUUGAAAAGCACAGCAUCAUUACAGAAGCAAAUAUUUGGAUUUACACAAAGACUGCACACAGCAGAAGUGGAGCGCCGUUCACUACGCUUAGAGGUCACAGAAAUGAAACGAAAUGUGAAUGAACUGAAGAAGGAGCUUGACAAAACCCAGGGUCUUCAGAUGCAGUUAAAUGAAUUUAAGCAGUCAAAAUUGAUCACCCAUGAGAAGUUUGAAAGUGCGUGUGAAGAAUUGAAUAAUGCAUUACUACGGGAACAGCAGGCUCAAAUGCUAUUGAAUGAGCAGGCACAGCAACUACAGGAGUUGAAUUAUAGGCUUGAAUUACAUUCCAGUGAGGAAGCUGACAAAAACCAAACUCUUGGAGAAGCUGUUAAGAGUCUCUCCGAGGCAAAGAUGGAGCUGAGAAGAAAAGAUCAAUCUCUGCGUCAGCUCAAUAGACAUCUUACCCAGCUGGAGCAGGACAAGCGUCGACUGGAGGAGAACAUCCAUGAUGCAGAGAGUGCCCUCCGCAUGGCAGCCAAAGACAAAGAAUGUGUUGCUAAUCAUAUGAGAACAGUAGAAAAUGUGCUUCAUAAGGUCAGAGAUCAGAUCUCGCUGUCACGGACUGCGGCAAGUAGGAAUGACUUCACCCUGCAGCUACCCAGACUGCACCUGGAGACCUUUGCAAUGGAGGGGCUCAAGGGCAGGCCAGAGGUUGUAGCGUGCCAGGCUAUGAUUAAAAGUUUCGUGGAUGUCUACCAGCUUGCAAGCACUAGAAUUGCUACAUUAGAAAAGGAAAUGACAUCUCAUCGAAGUCACAUUGCAACCUUGAAAUCAGAACUUCACACAGCUUGUUUACGUGAAAAUGAAAGUUUACAAUCAACAGGAUCACGAGACCAUUCAAAUCUCUCCAUUCCUUCAAGAGCUGCUCUUCCUGCUGACACGAUUGAUGUUGGGGAUAUUUUGCCAUUGAAAGCUGAACCUGACACAACUUACACUUUCUUAAAGGAGACACUUAUAAAUCCUGCGCCCCUGUCGUCAUCUCACUCCUCUCCAGUGAUGAUGUCUGCUACUGCCGAGAGACCAGCUCAGAUUGGAUUAUGACUUUAUGAAAUAAAAAGGAUGCAGGAAGAGUUAACAGUACAAUUAAAAUUGUUUUGAAGGGGGAUUUUCUUAUCAGUUGAAUUUUGUUUCAGCACAAGU